AUGGAAAGCACCAGCAGUCGCACGGACAUGUCGGAGGGCCAAACACCGGACUGGGACAUAAACGACGCGGUUGUUCCACGCGUGGCCGCGUUCGACGCGUUCGGCGAGUGGUGCGACGGCCACGUGCGGCGCGUCUACCCGCCCGCCUGCGAGGAGGCGCGGAGACACGCCUCGGGCUGGGCCAUGCGGAACACCAACAACCACAACGUCCAUAUACUCAAGAAGAGCUGCCUAGGAGUUCUGGUCUGCUCCCAAAGAUGCCGCCUACCCGAUGGUUCGAGAGUGCAUCUUAGACCUGCCAUUUGUGAUAAGGCCAGAAAAAAGCAACAAGGCAAACCAUGUCCAAACAGACUGUGCAACGGCGGCCGUUUAGAAGUCUUACCGUGCCGAGGACACUGCGGCUACCCCGUCACACACUUCUGGCGUCACACAGAACACGCCAUCUUCUUCCAAGCGAAAGGUGCGCACGAUCACCCGCGACCCGAGGCUAAGGGAGCCAGUGAAGUGCGCCGGUCACUUGGAGCUGGCCGGAGAGUGAGAGGCCUGGCACUACUACUGGCCAGAGAAGCAGCCAUAGCUGACAAGAUACUAACCGUGAAGCCAGACAAACAAAUGGCGCAGAAAGUCUGCAACCCACAUCCACAACCCCCGCCGCUAAUACCGGAUAACCAAAGAGUUCAACUAACAUGCACCUGUGGGCCUUUCGAAUGCUCAUGUCGGUGGCGCCCCGAGCAGACGCCGGAGAGCUACGCGACGACGGCGUGGACCCCACAGGAGGCUCAGUACCAGGCCUACGCCCCACCAGCGCCUCCCGGGCCUCCGCUGCAGCCACAACAACACUACGACCCCACCGCGCUACCUGCUGACGACAUCUUCCACCCAGAGGAAAUCUUCCAACUCGACCAACCCAUCAGAUUGGACUUCCCCUUAGAAGAACACACCUUAGAAUCACCGCCAACCUUCGCAGACCUCAACAGUGACAACUCCAAGCCUGAGGAAGCGUACUGGUUAGACUGGCAAAGAGCCGCCGGCGGCUCGGAGUCUAGCGAAACCCCCUCCCCGGAACUGUUCGGUGGAUACCAGCAGACUGAGGCGUACUGCGAUCAACAGGCGUACAUUCCUCAAGCUUAUUACCCCGAAGAGGCACAAUACUACACCACUGAGAGAACAUCACCCGUCAUGGAUAUGCAGGACCAGAGGUAUUAUAGAUACGGACCAGACUGCUCGCAGACUAACCUAGACAUGCAGGGAUGGAACUACUCAGACUGCGCCUUCACGCCAAACGACAUGUCGGAAUGCAAGCAGUACUUCGACGCUCAACACCAACAAGCCGUCAACGCCUUCAGUGGCCUCUUAUAAUAAUGUUCCUGUACAUAGUAUUGUAAAUUGUUAAUUUUGUAACUAUAAGAUAGCAUAAGUUGUUAAUUUUGUCUUUAAGAUACAAAUAGAUUUAUUAUAAGUAUUAUGUUCCUACAAUGGUUUUAAGGAAACUUAUCUCCUUCAUUUGAAAUGUGAGAAAAUAAAAGACAGUUUGUAUAAAA